UGGCAGUUUCUCUCUCUCUAUAUCUCCCUUUCUCUCUCUUCUUUUCAGGUUUAUUCAAUGCAUUCUCCCAACGCCACUCCGUAAUCUCACUGCCUUCCUCCUCCUCCGCAGCGACCUUCCUCAUCAUCAUCAUCAUUAUGACGACGUCUGAUUGAGACUGUGACUGCACCAGAAAUCGUCGAUUUCUCGCUCGAAAAUUGAAAGAUUCGACUGUGGCGACACCAAUUUUCCUCCGAAAGUCCAACUAAAGAUUGUGUAGAUAGUGUUGUCCUCCUGAUUUGUUUCGCGAUUGCUAUGGCGGAAUUGGUCCUGUUUUUGCUGCAUCGUUUGUUUCGAAGUUAUCGCCCUUAUCUGCCGUAAUGUUGCCGUCGAAUUCGGAGUUCUAGGGUUUCGGAUUACCAUUUUUUUGCUUAGAAAUUCGUUUCAGUUUAUGAUGGAGGAAAUUGAGAAAGCAAAUAGUGCAGCGAUUGAGAGCUGUUACAGAGUGAUUAAUCUGUUGUCUCAUCCUCAAGAUCAGAAUCAGGUUAGGGAUUUAGCAGAGCAAACAGGGGUGGCUGUGAACAAGUUCAAGAGAGUCGUUUCUCUUCUUAAUUCCGCCUCUGAUCAUGGUAAUCCUAGAGUGAGAAAGGCUAAGAAAGUUGAGGCUCCAUCUCCACAGAAUCUUUUCUUAGAGAAUCCAAUUUGUAUAACAGAUCAUCAGAAUCCCAAGCCACUCCAUCUUCUCCAAAUUAAUCCUGUAGAGAGUGCUCGUCUUCAUGAUAGAAAGUGUGAUCUCACAUUAGGAAGAACUUCUUUGGAGCUCAGCUCACAUGGAAAAGUUCCUCUGCAUCUUACGCAGCAGCCGCAGACACCGGCGGCGAUGUUUCCGAAUUAUCAUUUGCUUCAGCAGCAAAGGACUCAGCAAUUGAAACACCAUGCCGAAACAGUUUAUCGUAGCAGCGGCAUCAGUUUCAAUUUCGAUAGCUCUACCUGCACGCCGACAAUGUCGUCAACUAGAUCAUUUAUCUCCUCAUUGAGUGUCGAUGGAAGCGUCGCUAAUCUGGAUGGUAGUGCAUUUCAUUUAAUCAGCACGCCUCGCUCGGUGGAUCAGACCUCCUACCACCAUAAGAGAAGGUGCUCCGGUAGGGGUGAGGACGGAAGUGUCAAGUGUGCGAGCAGCAGCAGAUGCCAUUGUUCUAAGAAAAGGAAGCACAGGGUGAAAAGGUCGAUCAAAGUGCCGGCUAUAAGCAACAAGUUAGCCGAUAUUCCCCAUGAUGAAUACUCCUGGAGGAAAUAUGGUCAGAAGCCGAUCAAAGGGUCCCCUCAUCCUAGGGGAUACUACAAAUGUAGCAGCAUGAGAGGCUGUCCAGCAAGAAAACAUGUGGAGAGGUCGUUGGAAGAUCCUUCGAUGCUCAUUGUCACUUACGAAGGCGAACAUCACCACCCGAAGCUACCUUUGCAAUCCGCCAACACAUAGAAUCUCGGAGGAAAGGUAUGCACCCCGAGGCCUUCGAUUAAAUUGGUUAUGUACAUUAUACUUGUUUGAGCUCAAAUGGCCGGCGUAGAAGGGGCUAUGAUAUGGGGUUUUGUUUCGUAGAAGUUUCAAAGCUUGAUCUCUUUUUUUCUCGAUUAUGAUAGAGAGAUGGUGAUCGAAAACACGAUCCUAACCAUCUCGGUAGACUCUCUUGCCCUUUGGAAGAAUUUCCGGGCCAUUGUUUUUGCGGUUAGUGUUGUUGUUGUUGCUGCGUGUCUAUCUCAGUUCUUGAAACACAUUCGUCGGCUAAGUUUGAAAACAACUGCAAUUGUUCGUUCA